AUGACAUUCCGCGGCCCGCUGAGUGGGUCGGUCUACGCUCUGUUUGUAGACCACAACAUCAACGGCCGGGUGCUGGUGCCUGGCGCGGCGUUUCUGGAGGCUGUUGGGGCUGUGUCUUCCGUCGGCGUCGGCUCUGAGCUGCGCAGGACCUUCUUCUUUAGCCCGCUCUCGCUGUCGGAGGCUGGAGCUGAAGGUGCUGCUUGGAUAGAGUGCGCACUGCUCGAGCGCAUGCCUUCUACCAUCGACGAAACCCCUUCUCCGUGGGCGUCGGACACGCCGUUUGAAGUCCGAAGGCCUCAGCAGUAUUUGCAAGCCAUCCACUCCAGAAGCGGUUGCGUCAGCGGACUGACCCCGGCUGCAUUCUAUCGCUGUCUUGCGGGAGCGGGGCUGUCGUACGGGAUGAGCGUGCACGUAGCUGACCUGGAUGGCGCGAUGCAGGCGAGUGCGCUAAUCGCGCGUGGACAGGGGACGGACACGAAAUUGCCGUUCGCCAUCGAGGUGGCGAGGCUGUGCGGGCGAUCCGCAGGCCAUCUGCUUGCAACAGUGACGUCAGCCGAAGGAAGCGACUCGGAUAUUGAUCUCGGCGGCACGCGCUCGGAGACCUGUACGCAGCUGAUUGGCUUCCAAGUCCGAGCACUUCGCCCAGCCUCUGCAUACAAGGAGCCGAAGCACCUCUACAUAGCCGACUGGAUCGACGCUCCGAAGCAGCGGCAGGGCUUGGUCGACAUGGCUGUCCUCUUCCGCGAAGCGCAUUGCAAGACCACGCAUUUGCAGGCGCAAGAAAGGGGGCGUGUCGUUCUUCCACACGCGCUUCUCAUGUCGACGAGCACAACGGCCCCGCUAGCUGCCCUGGCGGCAAGCAGGCAGCUCAUGCUGGCCGCAAACUCCGACAAGUCGUCCGAGCCGCCGCUCUGGCUGCUGUCCGAUGAGCCCGAGCUCGCGUGCUCGGGUAAGGCUGUGCGCGUCCCUCGGCUGGCAACGGCGGCCUCGCUGCAGGCGGGCGGCCAGCCGCGGCUGCACGGAGCGCAGCUUCUGACGGGCGGGACGGGCGGCCUUGGCAUUGUCACCGCGCAGUGGCUGGCUGGGUGUGGCGCGUCGGCGCUCCUGCUCGCCUCGCGCAGCGGCGCGGUCGCCGACGGCGUCGCGGCUUUGGAGCUGCGAGCGAGCGGGGCCGACGUCCGCGUCGCCCUCUGCGACGCAGCCGACGCCGCCUCGACGGGCCGGCUGCUGGCGGCGGC